CUCUCAAUCUCCCUUGACGCCACCACCCUUGAUGGCCUCAUCAACCUCAUCCAAUUUGGUGGAAAUGAGGUUGUCAAGGCAAAAGAUGGUGCUGGCUCAGCAGAUCUUUCCAUUUUUUACAUAGGUGCUAAGUUCACUGGGAAAGUGAUUUGUGUUGUAAACAGCGAAAAGUGA